AAUCAGAGAGAACAGGAAAAGAAAGGGAAAGAAAAGAAAAGAAAAAGCUCUUCCUCUCUCACACACACACUCAUUCACUCGCUCGCACUGUGUUAUCACAGUGGGACGAGUCCAGAGUUCUGAAACAGAGGUUCAGCGCACAGAUCGACUACAAAACCCAAAACCAGGGAUUACAUCGGCCUCUCCUGCUUUCUCACUCACACACACACACACACACACACGCACACACACGCACACACACGCACACACACACACACACACACACACACACACACUGACUCAACACAAAUCAAAGAGUGAGUUAUUUAAGUGAAGCAUCUCAGAAUGGGAGAAGGAUCACGCUACCCCGUCAAUCACCUGGUGACGUUCAGUCUGCAGGAGGGCGAGGUGAUGAGUGUGGAGGAGGCGCGCUCGCGCUUCUCUGAGCUGGCGCGGGCCAAGCGCCUGUGGAGCCAGGAGAUGCUGCUGGACAUCCAGCCCCAGGCCCUGCUGCUCAGAGACAGGGAGAGCCAGGAACUGCUGGAGCAGUACUCUCUGUCUGCUCUGCACCGCUGUGAGUGUGUGUCGUCAGAGAAGCAGUACCCCUCGCUACUGCUGCUGGUGUGCCAGGCAUCCCCACACAAAGAACCUGACGUCCAGUUCUUCAACUGCAACACCAUCAAGGCUGAGCGCGUGCGCGAUGACAUCAUCGGAGCCGUGUCCAAGUAUGCCGGGCGGAUGAGAAAGCCCAACCCUGAGGACGUCAGAACCAAUAUGGAUAUCCACGGUAUCCCAAGUCCCCCCUAUAUUCAGGCUCAAAACCCCCCACCUGCCAACCCCCCUCCAUACCCUGGUAUCAAAGCUAAUGGGGUGGUGAAUGGACAACCAGACAAAGCUUUCUUACGAGCACAGCGGGAAGUGGACAUCCUGAACCACUGCUUUGACGACUUGGAGGCCUUCAUGGGCAAACUACAGCAGUCGGCCGAAGCCCAGAGCAUCCUGGACCAGAGGAACAAGAAGAAGAAGAAGAGUCGAAAGAAGAGCACAGAGGAUGAUCUGCUGACUGCAAAGGCCAAACCACCUCCUGAGGAGGAGUUCAUAGACAUCUUCCAGAAAUUCAAGUACUGCUUUAGUCUGCUGGCCCGACUGAAGGCAGCCAUCGCCAACCCCACGUCUGAGGAGCUAAUACACCACGUUUUCAAGCCUCUAGACAUGAUAGUGAGGACCACAGGUGGCCCAGCGCUAGCUGCCAGUGUGGCGAGUCCAGCUCUGACCACAGGGGCGGUCACUCUGCUGCAGCAAAAUGUCACAGAGGAGGAGAAGCAGCUGUGGACCGCACUGGGCCCCAACUGGACACAGGCACGUUCCCAGCUUCAGGGCCCCAUCCCUCCGUACAGCCCCGUGUUCCUGGGCGGCUGGAAGCCGGAGGGCGAUGACCCCGUGGAGACGCAGCACAGGCAGGACACAGAGCAACAGCAACAACCUGUACAGACUGGGGUGACGCCAGGUCAACCCAGUGACGAAAUGGAUAGUGCUGUACUGUCAGAAGAAAGGCUGUAUUGUGUCAGCUAUGACUUUGUGGCCAGAAAUAGCAGUGAGCUUUCUGUCCUACAAGGGGAGACCCUGGAGGUGGUUGAGGCGUCAAAGCGUUGGUGGAAGGUUCGUAAUCGAUUUAACGAGAUUGGUUUUGUGCCCUUCAACAUCCUGGAGCCAAUCUCCCACAUUGAGAGUCCAACAAAUAAACUUCCUAAGGCUCCUGCGCCUCCUCCGAUGCCCAAGAGCUUCUCCUACGCUCCCGCCACUCCUCCCACCCUCCACGUGGACUCCAGCGCCCACAGGCCCCGCAGCAUCGCCCUCUCACAGCACGUGCCCUUAGACUCCGACUCAGACAAGGUCAUGCAGGUCAAUGAUGAGCUGCUGCAGAGGCUGACCAAUGGGAAGUCGGGUUUGUCCCGCCCACUGGUGAUCCCUCGCUCUGCGGAGACGUCACUUCCUCUCGACUACCACUCGCCGCCAGCAGAGGUGGAGGCGUGGCUACGGGGGAAAGGCUUCAGUGAUCCGACGGUGCAGUGUUUAUGUGUGCUGAAUGGGGCCCAGCUCUUCUCAUUGAACAAAGAGGAGCUUCGUGCUGUCAUACCUGAUGAGGGAGCACGCGUCUACAGCCAGAUCACUGUGCAGAAAUCUCUCUUGGAGGAUGAAAGAAGAGCUUCAGAGCUCGAGGCAGUGAUGGAGAAACAGAAGAUGAAGGUGGACCUUGAACUUGAGAGUGGAACCCUAACUUUAUAAUUGCAUACUACACACACACACACACACACACACACACUCACACACACACACACACACACACACACACACACACAGAGUUAUAUAGAGUAGAGUGCUUAUUUAUAAUGGCAAUAUCUACAGAAAUCCAUUUUAAAGAAAAUCCAGAAAUCCAUUGUAUAAAAACUGAUUAUUUAACACAAACAGAGAAUGAAAGGGUGAAUGAUAGAGAAUGAAAGAGUGAGUGAUCAUGUACUCAGUGUAUAUUCUGUUGCUUAUUUGCUUUCCUUCUAAUCAUACAAAACAUUAUUCUUUCAUACCUCUUGGCAAAUACUAAUAAAUUAAUAUGUAAUAAGACUGUGUACAAACU